CUUCAUUAGUGCACGCAUAUUUUUCGGUUCGAUUUCUGUUUACCUUUAGCAACGUACAAGCAGAGAAGUGGCUUUUUGUUUACAGUACAUUCUGCCACUCCAACCGAUCACAAGAUCAACAGGAUUUCACCGUGAAUCAGUUUCUCCGUCAAGAUGUGGUUUGAAGUUCUGCUCUGCCUCUUCAUAAGCGAUGCAGGAACGUUUGGAAAAGCCAGAAUUUUAUUUCCAAUCGAAUCCUCAGAAUCGUUAUGCAACAGUGAACUCGGCAUGCAAGCUAACUGGAUCCAAGACGCGGCCAUUACCGCUUCGUCGAUUCGCGACCUUGAACACGAUCCUGGGCGAGCACGUCUCCAUGGUAACGGAGCGUGGAGGCCGCUGAUUCAAAGCGCCGAUCAAUUUUUGCAGAUUCAUUUCGACGACGAAACUAACGUGUCAGCGGUGGCCAUUCAGGGGCAUCCUGAAAACGAGUUCUGGGUGUCGAAGUAUUCGUUGUCAUUUAGCAUGGACGCUAAGCGCUGGGAGGAUCAUUCUGAGGUUUUUGACGGCAGCAAAAAUAAGCACGAGAUUACAACAUCUCAACUGGAAGAGCCAAAAAUGGCGCGGUUUCUGCGAGUCAAGCCAAUAGAGUGGCAUGGUGACAUUGCUCUUAGAGUCGAGAUUUAUGGCUGCAUGCGAGAUUUCCCAAAAUGCGGAAUUCGACGUCAAGAGGAGAAUCGCCAUUCUCGCCAAAGGCGAAUUGUCGGUGGCAGCGAAGCCCGUCCAAACUCCUGGCCAUGGCAAGUGGAAAUUUUGGUGAAUGGUACAAGUCAUUGGUGCGGAGGAUCACUCAUUCAUCCGCAGUGGAUCAUAACAGCAGCGCACUGCGUGGAUAAGUUUUACUCCCCCUACCCCAGAGAAAUACGCCUCGGGGAACACCACAGUAAAACACUCGAGGGUUACGAGGAGGUUGUUGAGGCCGAUAAAUCUUAUAUGCAUCCUGGAUUUACUCAUGAUCGCCCAACGUUCAUCAGUGCGGGGGAUUAUGACUUUGCGCUUUAUCAUCUCAAAAGACCCGCCACUUUUUACAGCCGUGUUAGCCCAGUGUGUCUGCCCGACGAAGACUCCACUAUCGCCGAGGAUGUCGGCCGAGUCUGCGUCGUGACUGGUUGGGGGCAUACCAGUGAGAAUGGCAACUUUUCCGAUGUCCUGCAUGAAAACGAAGUACCUAUAGUUUCGUGGGAAGAAUGUAACAAAGAGAGGUCAUAUAACGGGUAUAUUAAAGAACGCUUCAUGUGCGCAGGAUAUGAGGAAGGAGGGAAGGACGCCUGCCAAGGAGACAGCGGAGGGCCCUUGGUGUGUCAAGAUGACGCAGGAAGAUGGGUCCUCGCUGGUGUGGUGACUUGGGGAGUGGGAUGUGCGAGACCCCUCAAGUUUGGGGUGUACAGUGAUGUACGCCGAUUCCUCCCCUUCAUUGAAAGCACCAUAUAUGGUUACCCAGAAUGUGGAGUUCGACCAGUGGCCUCCAUUUCCUCCCGCAUCGUGGGAGGACGCGAGGCUCGCCCCAACUCCUGGCCGUGGCAAGUCGAUCUUCUGGUCAAUGGUACUGCUCACUACUGCGGAGGCUCUCUGAUUGAUCCGUCCUGGAUUGUGACGUCAGCGCAUUGUUUUUAUUUAUAUACCCAACCGGAGCAGUGGCAAGUCAGGGUUGGAGAACACAACGAGACAAAAUUCGAAGGUUACGAAGAAAUGAUCAAUAUUGAUACGAUAACAAUUCAUCCCGGAUUUAUACUGGGCAGCGCCGAAGACACUGGCGAUUACGAUAUUGCGAUCAUCAAACUCAAGCGGCCAGCGGUGUUCCACAAACUGGUGCACUCUAUCUGUCUGCCUGAAAUGGAAACUCGUUUUGCAACCGGUAAAACCUGUUUUGCCACCGGAUGGGGAAAGCAAGACGAAAAUGCGGCUGAGUACUCUGACGUUCUUCGCGAAGUGGAGGUGGACCUGGUAUCUAAAGAAGUCUGUAACAGCAAUAUUUCCUACAAUGGCCUGCUAAACGAGCGAUAUUUUUGCGCCGGGUUUCAAGCUGGCGACAAAGACGCGUGCAGUGGUGAUAGCGGAGGACCGCUGGCUUGCCAGAUUGAGAAUGGAAGUUUCGUUUUGACGGGUGUGGUUAGCUGGGGAGAAGGAUGCGCUCGAGCUAAUAAAUAUGGCGUGUAUUUAGAUGUACGGUUCAUGUUGCCAUUCAUUGAGAGCACAAUAGACGAUUUCCCAAAAUGCGGAAUUCGACGUCAAGAGGAGAAUCGCCAUUCUCGCCAAAGGCGAAUUGUCGGUGGCAGCGAAGCCCGUCCAAACUCCUGGCCAUGGCAAGUGGAAAUUUUGGUGAAUGGUACAAGUCAUUGGUGCGGAGGAUCACUCAUUCAUCCGCAGUGGAUCAUAACAGCAGCGCACUGCGUGGAUAAGUUUUACUCCCCCUACCCCAGAGAAAUACGCCUCGGGGAACACCACAGUAAAACACUCGAGGGUUACGAGGAGGUUGUUGAGGCCGAUAAAUCUUAUAUGCAUCCUGGAUUUACUCAUGAUCGCCCAACGUUCAUCAGUGCGGGGGAUUAUGACUUUGCGCUUUAUCAUCUCAAAAGACCCGCCACUUUUUACAGCCGUGUUAGCCCAGUGUGUCUGCCCGACGAAGACUCCACUAUCGCCGAGGAUGUCGGCCGAGUCUGCGUCGUGACUGGUUGGGGGCAUACCAGUGAGAAUGGCAACUUUUCCGAUGUCCUGCAUGAAAACGAAGUACCUAUAGUUUCGUGGGAAGAAUGUAACAAAGAGAGGUCAUAUAACGGGUAUAUUAAAGAACGCUUCAUGUGCGCAGGAUAUGAGGAAGGAGGGAAGGACGCCUGCCAAGGAGACAGCGGAGGGCCCUUGGUGUGUCAAGAUGACGCAGGAAGAUGGGUCCUCGCUGGUGUGGUGACUUGGGGAGUGGGAUGUGCGAGACCCCUCAAGUUUGGGGUGUACAGUGAUGUACGCCGAUUCCUCCCCUUCAUUGAAAGCACCAUAUAUGGUUACCCAGAAUGUGGAGUUCGACCAGUGGCCUCCAUUUCCUCCCGCAUCGUGGGAGGACGCGAGGCUCGCCCCAACUCCUGGCCGUGGCAAGUCGAUCUUCUGGUCAAUGGUACUGCUCACUACUGCGGAGGCUCUCUGAUUGAUCCGUCCUGGAUUGUGACGUCAGCGCAUUGUUUUUAUUUAUAUACCCAACCGGAGCAGUGGCAAGUCAGGGUUGGAGAACACAACGAGACAAAAUUCGAAGGUUACGAAGAAAUGAUCAAUAUUGAUACGAUAACAAUUCAUCCCGGAUUUAUACUGGGCAGCGCCGAAGACACUGGCGAUUACGAUAUUGCGAUCAUCAAACUCAAGCGGCCAGCGGUGUUCCACAAACUGGUGCACUCUAUCUGUCUGCCUGAAAUGGAAACUCGUUUUGCAACCGGUAAAACCUGUUUUGCCACCGGAUGGGGAAAGCAAGACGAAAAUGCGGCUGAGUACUCUGACGUUCUUCGCGAAGUGGAGGUGGACCUGGUAUCUAAAGAAGUCUGUAACAGCAAUAUUUCCUACAAUGGCCUGCUAAACGAGCGAUAUUUUUGCGCCGGGUUUCAAGCUGGCGACAAAGACGCGUGCAGUGGUGAUAGCGGAGGACCGCUGGCUUGCCAGAUUGAGAAUGGAAGUUUCGUUUUGACGGGUGUGGUUAGCUGGGGAGAAGGAUGCGCUCGAGCUAAUAAAUAUGGCGUGUAUUUAGAUGUACGGUACAUGUUGCCAUUCAUUGAGAACACUCUUUACGGUAUGUCGCCUAACAAGGAUUGUUAUGAUACGGAUUUCGGAUCUAUGUUCAAACAUUCAUCCGGACCAGAAUCCGUGUCAUAUCAAACCUUGUUAAUUGUUCUAUUAAAUGAAAGUUACUUUACUUACAUAAGGAUCGGUAUUUUCUGGGUGCGUUCGGCAAUGUUAAGGUUGAACGAUAAUGAUAAAAUUGCUGGUUUACUCGAGAUAAUAUACGAGCUACAUCAGGCUACACCAGUUUCCUUACACCGGACACGCUUUUUCGACAGCCCUGUUUCCAAUGAGCUGUGA